AUGCCAUCCAUAGAAACCCGUCAUCAUCCUAUCAAGCACCGCGCCCUCCACGCCACCAGCGCCUUCAAGCCCUCGCAAAUAAUCCACACCUUCCAUCCGCUCAUCUUACACCCAUCCCUCUCGCAUCUCACGUCCGUCUGCACACACUGCCUUCGUCCAGGCUCACCACGCGCCUGUUCCCGCUGCCACGCUGCAUACUACUGUGACGCUGCAUGCCAGAAAGCAGCCUGGACAGCCGUCCACUCCAAAGAAUGCAAGCCCCUCCGGCAGCGGAAGCUGGGGUCGCGCACAGGCGCUGAUCUACCAACACCUGUGAGAGCGCUGGUGCAAACUCUGCUAAAACAGGAGAUUGAGGAUGGUGUGUCCUUGCUGGAUGGGCACGUGGACAAGAGGAGAAAUAACAAGAGUUGGCCGGACUUGGAGAUGAUGGGGAUGGCGGCGUGUGCGUUUGCUGGGAGAGAUGGCGGGGAGGCAGAUGUACGAAGGGCAGUUGAGCUGCUUUGCAAGAUCCAGACGAAUGCCUUUCAUAGAUGGGAUGUUGAUCUAGGACAGGUGGGUGUGUUUUUGGAAACGACACUGGCCAUGGCGAACCAUUCGUGUAUUCCAAACGCUGUGGUCCAGUUUGUGGGAAGAAAGGCGAUUUUGAGGGCCGAGACGGCCAUUCAGACUGGUGAUGAGAUUGAAAUCUCAUACACGGAUUGUACAAUGCCAUUGUCGACACGGAGAGAAGCACUAUUGCAGUAUAGCUUUGAGUGCACUUGCGAUAGGUGCAUAAAUGACUUGAAUGUGUACCAAGUCUGUUCAAAAUUAGUGCGGCAUGCAAACGCAGAUACGCUCAGUGUUGCAGACGUAUCCAAUGUCGAUAACCACCCAGCAGUCACGGAUAAACGCAUACAAGGCAUUGCGGCGAAACACACUACGGAACCAAACCAGUUACCAGAAACACUCUCUGAACGUCACAGAGCCUUAGUAGCAGAAUACAAGUCUAACAAGACCCUCAUCGAUGACGACCUAUGGGCUGUAUCACCAGUCCCGCAACUCCUCACGGAAACUUCAAUCUACUUUGCCGAACAGAAUAACUUUGCCUAUGCGCUGGCAGUGGCAUCCGUGGUUGCAGUAUCGUGCGAUCCAUACCGCUACGUGACGCCUUUUCACCCCGUUCGCGUAAAGAAUCUCUUGAUGAUAGCGAAGCUAUUGGCUAAUACCGCUGAGAACAUGGGGAGUGCUAUAACAACAACCAAGGGUGUGCUGAACCAGAAACUUCAAGAAGCGCUGGCAGAUAUUGAUCAGGUAUCCCUGUGCCAAAUGCUUCUCCUCAUGGUUGUCAAAAUGUGUCCAGGGGAGCUAGCAGAAUGGGAACUAUGCGUGUCGGCGAGGGAGAUGUUGGCUGAUAUUGCGAGACUGCCUGGCCGAGGGAAGGAGUUGUCUCUGAUAAAUAGCUGGGGCGUUGAUGGGGAUCUUGAGGAGUCCAAACUGUUUUACGAGUAUGCUGUAGUCAAACAGGUUGUCAAUUAG